GUGGCAAUAAAAAUCAUUGACAAAUCUCAGCUGGAUGCUGUGAAUUUGGAGAAGAUCUACAGAGAAGUGCAGAUCAUGAAAAUGCUUGAUCACCCACACAUUAUAAAGCUCUACCAGGUGAUGGAGACCAAGAGCAUGUUGUACCUUGUGACAGAAUUUGCCAAAAAUGGAGAAAUUUUUGAUUACCUCGCCAGCCACGGGCGCCUGAGUGAGUCUGAGGCCAGGCGCAAGUUCUGGCAGAUCCUCUCAGCAGUGGAGUAUUGCCACGGCCGAAAGAUCGUUCACCGAGACCUCAAAGCUGAGAAUCUUCUGCUUGACAAUAACAUGAACAUCAAAAUAGCAG